AUAAUAUGCGGUGAUUUUUAAAAUGCUUGGCAACACCGCUUUUUUUUCUGUCGAUCAGGGAUUUAUAACAGUAACUAGCUAAUAAAUCAAAAAAAUUAUAUUUGACUUAUUUUUGUUAUGUUUUUAAGUUAUUAUCUCUCAUUAUAUUUAUUUCACCAAAGUCUAAAUAUCAAUAAUAAUUUUAGGCACUGUUUUUAGUCGUUUUUUUUUUCAGUAGAGCAUUGAAACUAUAGUAGGCAAGUUAAUUAAUUAUUGCACUAUUAUUUACAAAAUAUUGCGCCCGAAUAAUUUCGCACCGUAUUACCCACACAAUUACCUGUUGCCAAGUGCUACAGAUGCAAUAGACAAUUUGUUAAUCAUUUCAUUAUCGGUUAAAAUAAAAAAUUUAAGAAACAUCGUAUAAAAGCCAAUAGCACCUCAACCGAAACAGUAUCAACGUCUCAGUUUAAGUAUUCACAUCAAUAUGAAUACCUACAAAGGACUUUUCGUCCUCGCUUUAGUGGCUUUAGUGGGAGUUACUCUAACUCAAUCUCGUGAAAUCAGUCGAGACAAACGUGAAGUUAGUAGUGAUUUGGAAUCAGCGGCGUCCGGGCACGGUCACAAAUGGAAAAAGGGAGGCGGUCACGAGGGCCAUUCUGACCACCACAGCAGCCACGGUGAAAAGGGCGACAAAGGCUACAAGGGUCACCAUCACCACGAAAAAGGAUCCAAGGGCCAUCACGACAAAGAAGGCCACAAGAAACACUACGAAGAACACGGCGGUCACAAGAAGAAGCACCACCACGACGAUGGCUACCACGCCGAACACCACAAAGGAGAAAAGGGCGAGAAAGGACACAAAUACGGUGAAAAGGGAUCUUACAAAAAGGGCCACAGCACCAAAGGAGGACACGACGUACAUAAACUAGACGAACACAAGAAAGAAAAACACUUCUUCGAUGAAGAUCACUCCUCCGGCCAUCACGAAAAACACGGUGGACAUCACCACGAAGACGGAUACAAGAAGGGAGGCCACAAGAAAGGAGGUCACAAGAAGGGAGGACACCACGAAGACCACUACGGCAAGAAGGGAGGUCACGAGAAGGGAUCCCACUACCAUGAAUCUGCUGGUCAUAAGAAAGCUGGUGGACAUGAUGACCACUACCACCACGACCACAAAUAUGGAAAGAAGGGUGGACACGAAGAUCACAAGAAGUGGGGAUUCAAAAAGGGACAUUAAGUGCCAUAAUAAAAAUGUGAUUCAGUUGAUUUUUGUUAUGAAUGGUUGUGAUUUAUUGGUUGUUGUUUUGUUUUAUGUGACUAGUUUUAAUAAAUCGAUUUUAUUAUUUUAAAAAAUUGAUCUUAGUAUUUACUA